GUGCUUGGCAGAUUCUCGCUUCUAUGUCGUCUCUCGUCUCGCAACAUUUGUUAUCUUCCUCUGUUUCGCAAUAAAUUCCAUCUUCCAGUACAUGUCGUGUUGAAGCAUAUGAUGACGCUGCAGUUAUCUACGUGCUAUUUCGUGAUUCUUUGACAGAGACGUUUUCCACGUGUUCCGUGGAAGUCUUGCUGAGCAACCCUGACGUAGUAUGUAUCUGCAUCCUUCUCGAACGGCCAUUAGAGUGUCACUAUGAGUGCAUCGGAGAGGCCAUACAUUGUAUUUGGUUACGGCUCAUUGAUUUGGAAGCCUCCCCCACAAGUCGUAGCUCGAACACCAGGUUAUCUGAAAGGCUAUGUGCGGCGCUUUGCACAGAAAUCGCACGAUCAUCGCGGCACGCCUGAGAAUCCCGGUCGAGUUGUGACACUGAUACACAGCGAAGAUUGGGACGCCUUCUCAGGAUCUGAUCCAUUCCCGCACGAUGAUGUUGUCUGGGGCGUUGCAUAUACGAUAAAUCCUCUAUACGAGUCGGAGGUUAGAGAGUACCUAGAUUAUAGAGAGAAGGAUGGCUAUACUCUAGAACAAGUUGAUGUAUUCGGUCUCGAAAAUGGUAUCGAAAAGAUUUUAGUACACAAGGCAUUUUGCUAUGUCGGUCGCAACGAUAAUCCAUCCUUUCUCGGCUCAGAACCGACAGAAGCACUCGCUGAACGAAUAUGGCGAUCUGUGGGACCUUCUGGACCCAAUAAAGAUUACCUGUACCAUCUUGCGGAAGCUGUGAGAGAGCUAGCACCCGAGUCUUACGACUCCCACUUGUUUGCUCUUGAGGCAAGAUGUAAAGAACUGGACCAGAAAACCGAAGGGAACAAUUAACUGGAUGCACUGCACUUAUCUAUUGAUUACAUUGUUGUGACAAUACCGCACCCUCUGCUUCGGUACGAUGAGGAAUGUUGGCUGGGAAACCUCCAGGAAGAAUGCGUAGGAUGAUGGGACACGCCUGAAAUAAAACGCCACGAUCAGCGUAAACGAAAGUGCAUAAGCGUAGUAUAGUUAUUUAAUACGGUUUGAAUGUGGAAGUUACUGAUGUCUAACAUUCUAGUGAAUACUUGACUGCAUUCAUAACGAUACACGUCGCGAGUCUUCAUAGUAGGUCAUCGUUCAACGACCACGCAUGCCAGACCCCUCUCCUGUGUUUAGGGUAAAAUAGGCCCGCGAACGUCAUCAAAGGUAUUCAUGUCGGAAGUCACGUUCGGACAGUGGGAAACAAUGAGGAAUACCUACUAUGUGACAGUUACUGUACAUUUGAGCAUGAUACCAACGGCAUAUUUCAGGCUGUUUCUGUUGUC